AAAAGUUCUAUCAAAAUAGUUGCAUCCAUAAUCGAAUAUUCGAGUGGAAUUAAACGAAAAAAAAGACUAAUCACCAUUUAAAAAUUAUUGCUUUUAUUACAUAACUAUUUUCAGCAAGCGCUUUUUAACGAACAAUAAUAAUAAUAAUGGUAUGCUAAAUUAAACUCUAUAUCUAUGAAAUAAGAGUUAAUAUACAGUAAGCAUUUAACCUCGGCUAAGUGUCGAAGCUCCGAAACAAGAUGCAGGGGAGGACGAGCGAGGGAGUGAAAACAAAAACAGCUUCUGCUUUGUUGUUUAUCUGCGGUACAGAGGCGGCGCGGGUGCUCGUAUAGCGUUCUUUUUAGUGAUAAAACAGGAUUCUGAAAAAAGAAUAGCGUCUUUUUCAUCGUCCAUCUGCGUUUUCAAGUCGGAUUACAGAUCUAAAUCUAAAUUUCGCGUGCUCAACAAUCAACGGUUCGCCCCAUAGUUUUAAUUGAUACAAAUUAAAAGUGGAAAUAACUCGAGGGCAUCCUGCGUGUAUUAAUUUGCGUUAUGUAUAAAUAGAAGGGGUGUGUUGGACGAAGCGGCCGGUGGUGCGAUGGUGAGCGGCGAGGGCUCGCGAGCAUGAGCGUGGCUGCGUGGUGCGCGCUGGCGGCGGCGCUGAGCGCGGCCCGCGCCGACAGCGCCGGCUCCGCGCUCCCGCUCCCGCAGGCUGGAACACCGGGCGAGGAUGCGACGAACUCCGCGGGCGAGGGCGGGCUGAGCAUGGUGACGUGCGGGCCCGACGAGUUCCGCUGCGCCGACGCGUCGCGCUGCGUGCCCGCCGCCUGGCGCUGCGACCUGCGCGCGCACUGCCCCGACGCCUCCGACGAGAUGGACUGCACUUACAACGCGACGUGCGGCCCGGGGCAGUUCCGCUGCGUGCGCAGCGGCCUGUGCAUCGCCGCCAGCUGGCGCUGCGACGGCGACGUGGACUGCGGGCCCACCGACACCUCCGACGAGGACGUCUACAUGUGCAACCAGGACUUCAAGUGCGAGGGCAACUCGGCGCGCUGCGCCACGCCGCGCGACGGCCGCUUCGACUGCGUGCCCGUGGAGCGCUUCUGCGACGGCCGCCGCGACUGCCACGACGACUCCGACGAGUGGGACAUCUGCGACAACUUCACGUCGAGCGUGUGCGGCUCGCUGGGCUGCGCGCUGGGCUGCCGGCCCACGCACGCGGGCGCGGCGUGCUACUGCGCGCCCGGCCACGAGCCGCGCGACACACGCUGCGUCGGUCGGUGCACUGCUCCUUAA